AGUGACAGUGCCGCUCGCCUAGAGAUGGGACGCCCGUCCUUGCCGACGCGAAAAACGACCGACUUCCGACUAUUCCGCAGGUGAACAAAUGUGACGACGAAAUGACUCUUUUUGUACAUUUAUACUGGAUAUGCGUAGCUUUGUUGGCGGUGAGCUGCACCGGCCACGCUGGCCGACUAGGUCGAAAGUUAACAAGAGAUUUGCCGACCGGGCAAAAUGUAGUGUCUGUAGCGCCUAUAGAAGUUCCUGACGAAUCCAUGUAUCCACGAUUCGCUGAACCAAUACCAAAUGUUACAGUCACUAUAGGCCGGGAUGCACUGUUAGCGUGUGUUGUUGAAAAUUUAAGGGGAUUCAAGGUUGCAUGGGUGAGGAUGGACACGCAAACCAUAUUGAGCAUCCACCACAACAUCAUAACACAGAAUCCUCGCAUCAGUUUAUCAUACAAUGAUCAUAGAUCAUGGUAUCUUCACAUCAAGGAAGUACAAGAGGUCGACAGGGGCUGGUAUAUGUGUCAAGUUAAUACUGAUCCCAUGCGGUCAAGGAAAGGCUAUCUCCAAGUUGUGGUGCCACCAUCAAUCAUCGAUAACAUGACGUCUACUGACAUGGUAGUGCGCGAGGGUUCCGAUGUGACCUUGGUGUGUCGCGCGUCAGGGUACCCCGAGCCUUAUGUCAUGUGGAGGCGGGAGGACGGACAAGACUUCAAUUACAACGGUGAAUCAGUGAGCGUGGUAGACGGUGAAACUUUAACUAUCACCAAGGUGUCACGGCUGCAUAUGGGUGCAUACCUCUGCAUCGCCUCCAACGGCGUGCCUCCCUCAAUUAGCAAACGAAUUAUGCUGAUGGUGCAAUUUCCUCCGAUGCUGUCGAUACCAAACCAACUGGAAGGCGCAUACAUUGGACAGGACGUGACGUUGGAAUGUCACACAGAAGCUUUCCCUUCCUCAAUUAAUUACUGGACCACAGACAAAGGAGACAUGAUCAUUUCCGGUGGAAAAUAUGAAGCGUUCCCGACGGACAGCGGCUAUAACAAGUAUAUGAUGUUGAAGAUAAGGAACAUCACCAAAGACGACUUCGGCUUUUAUAAGUGUAUCGCCAAAAAUUCACUCGGCGAAACUGAUGGCAUUAUCAAACUCGAUGAAAUACCAGCACCACCGUCUGCGUAUACAACUACUCAGAAAAGUAUUUUAGACAAUCAAACCAUUAGAAAAAAAGAUAAAUUGUCAUCAGCGCAUAAAAAUGAAGUGAUCAGCUCAAAUUUCCAAGGCGGUGCGUACGUCGAACAAAUGAAAGAUUUCGAUAUAGAUGUUUACGACAACUCAGCAUAUCCAAGAAAAUUAUGUUUCUUAUUGUUUUUGAUACUUAUUUACCAUAUAAUAACAUUAGCGAGAUGUAAUUCGCUUUCUUGAUAAAUAUAAUAAUUGUUAUCAUGUGUGAUAUUUUUAAGUUACUGACUGUACAUUUACUUUUAUUCCAUUAAUUCUUAAUGGACAAUAAUAAAGGGUUUAGCCGGAUACGUAUGACGAGUCGGCCCCCAAAUGGGAAUCGAUAUUGAAACUUAUGUUUUAAUAUAGACUUGAUGUUCAAACACGAUUUAUGUACUUUUCGCGACCGACUUCCGCUUUGACCUUGAGAUAGAGAGCAAAAUAUCCGUAUGCUUGACUAUUACUGAAUGUGAUAUAUCUCUGAAGCUAAUUAAGAUAAAGAAGUGAAACUAACGCGAGGUGUUAGGUUACAUUACAGAGUAUAUCACAUAAUUUUUUUUAUAAUUUUUAGAAUAAAAAAUUACAUUAAAAAAAUAAAAAUAAAAAAAACAUGUUUUUUUUCUGAGUUCUCUGUGACUUACAAUCACGAAAUUAAUAUAUGUUAUGCUCCUUUGUGUGCUCUAUCACCCAUAAAAAUUGCGUGAAAAAAAAGUUGGUGCAACAC